CUUGAAACCUACCUAUGUGUUAACCUUAGGUGAGCGACAUCGUUGACGUUUGACGUUGGCGAGAGCAGAAAGUGCCAGGGGUUAGGGUUGAUUUCUUCCGACGCCCGGCAGGAUGACGCUACGGCAUUUUCAGCCACAGUAAGAGUGAUGCUAGGAUGACAAGUGUUAGCCACACCCAAGCUGUGGGCAGUGAAACCUUUCUGUUUUCGGAAUAGCACCUGUACGUACCGAGCCGGGGUAGGGAGUACGGAAUACAGAGACGCUGCCAGCUUUCAACAUCAGACCUCGACCUAGUUACAUUCGUUGCGGGUGGACCAGACCAGAGGCGCCAUUACGAAACCUCCCACGACCUCCCACAACCAGCAAGCUUCUAUGAGCCCUGAUCAUUGAGCAGCAAGCCCCAACGGUGAUUAAGACUUGGGGGAGACAGCCCUGCACCCACACCGCAGGAGGACGAGGAGGGGCCUCCCAGGCCACCAAGACCGAGCAACGACCCCCAUCUUCGCACGCGAGCUUCCCUGAGGCCCAAGAUGUCCCUUCUCGGAAAGCUCCUUUAUAUCACCGUGCUCCUCCUCAACGCCAUCUGCAUCCCGUCCGAAGACCGCUUCCUUGCGCGCGUUGGCCUCGCGCCAGCGACAUACCAGCGCGCCUUCGGGCAAGACGUCGACACGAGCGUGAAGUACAGGAUCAUACAGCUGAUAGCGAGCGUGCGGACGGUGAUGAGGGUACCCCUCAUCAUAAUCAACAGUUUGAUUAUAGUGUACGAGCUCGUAUUGGGCUGAGAAUACGUGCGGCUGCCGGGUUAGCUGAGCGCGGGUGUCGAUGAGGAAACGGUCAGCGGGCGGGUUUGCAUCGAGAUCCAACUGCAUGCAGAGCGGUGGGAGCGGGCCAUUACAGGGGACACCGGGACAGUGAUAUCUGCUCGCAGGCGUUUGGGGACGGAAAAGACAUUCCUGGGCUCUAGAAGCAUCCCGAUCGUGCUGUCGGUUCUCGGGAGGAAUGAGCAUGAAUUGAAUUAGGGGAGGGGUCGCGAGGUAGGGACAGAAAUGCGCUCCCCGAUGGUGGACUAAGCGGAGAAACCUGCCCAUUAUCUGCGUGGGCAGCAUUAAGGUGGUAGACUGGACGAUUCUGUUUUGUUUAUAAACAGGGGCCAUCAUGCGACUCCCAAAACGGGCACUCUGGACAUGCCCGGUAACCUCUGAACCUUAAGCCCUGAUCGUACAAUGCCAAAGCCAUGCAACUCGCCACCAACCCCUUUUUUGCCCUUCCUCUCCGACCCCCCAAUUGGGAAAGCAAGCGAGCGAGUCUCGCCAUCUCGAAAAGCCCCCCUUUCCUGCCACUGCCGCAACAUCCA